GUUAGGAAAGUGACAUUAACCAGUGUGCCAGACUGUGCGAUAAUACUGUCACUCAGUGAGGUGAUUUGAAGACCAGCAGUGAACAAGAAGUAAACAUACAAUGUAAAAGCAUACAACUCAUUGCAAAUUGGGUUUAAGGUGGAUGCAGGAUGGUUUUGCCUGGUGGAUAGUUUUGUUACACAGUCUGAUGUUUGUAUACUCACUGAUAGGAAAGACAACAAGGUUUCAGUCAAAGGACACAGUAAAUACUGGAUUAAGUAAAUAGAGGCCUUAAAACUACUACUACUCAAAUUUCAGUCGAGGUGCACUAAGAAAAUAACAUGGCUGUUUCUUCAAAGAUAUCUGAGGGAGCACUGGAAGAUGCAUGAAAUAGCUGCAGCUAAUGAUCAUUUUCAUUAUAAAUUGAAUUCAUUGUUUCAUCUAUAAAAUGUCAGAUUACCCACAACAACCUCUUAAAACCCAAGGUCUCCAUUUGAAGUCUCAAAAUGUCAUGUCAGACCAACAAUCCAAAAACCAAACAUAGGAAGCUGGAACUGGGGAGGUAUUUUUGCCAGAAAGAAAUGACAGUUAAAUGAAUAACAAGAUGCCGAUUCAUUUUCUGUCCUUUGACUACUUGAUUUCAGCUCUAAUGAAGGUGUGCAAGGUGCCAGAUAUUGGAUACUGGUCCAAGAUUACUGUUAUAACAACCCAUCAGACCACUUACAGACCCCAGCGUUUUCCCAUACUUUUUGAUCUUCAACCUGAAGCACUUUUCCUCACAUGCUGACACUAAAUGACCUGACCCAUGCUGCUACACUCAACAGACUGUUUAAGUAAAAUAUAUUGUAGACAAGCACCCACACUUUAACAGUGAGGAUGCUGAGAAAGGGAAGUGCUUAUUACUUUUACUCAUAAAAUAAGCCAUCAAGCCACCAGUACAGACUAAAAAUGUUUAACCCAUAUUUCAGUGGUGCAUAUAGGCAAUGCGAGACUAGCCAUACGGUAAAUUAUAAUUUGAUUGACAUUAGCGCCAUCUGCAGGUUACCGGUGGUUAGUGUUUCACGACCAUCCUGCUAUAUACAGUCUGCUAAGGAAGCAGAGCCCCAACUAUUACCCCUGAGGAUACAAAGGUCAUGUCGUCUUACAUUUCUUUAAAAUAGUAACUGUCUUUAAUGACAUAAAAAAAUCACACACAUAUUUUGUAAGGCAGAUUAUUGUUAUCUAUUGAAUAAAAUAAUUACAAAUGUCACUGUUUUAGGAAAAAAAAAACGUAAUAUAUACUUAAUAAUGGCUUUGUUGAUAUUGUACCUUACUGUUGCAAAUGCCUAUAUUCACAUCAAAACCAAAUAAUGCACACCUAACUGAAACACAAUAAAUAGGCCUAUAUGAAUGUUUCUUUUCUUAAAUUUGCAGAAAAUGUCAGAGGGUUUGGUUUGGGGUGAAUCUGGAGUCAGGAAGGACAUUCAGUUUCCUUCCGUUAUGUUUUUCUAUUCACGGAACUGACUCAGUCGGUUGGAUUGUAGGCUACGCCUUCCUCUGGUGGUCAGUAGUGCUGCCCACAGCCCAGGCUUUUAUCACGACAUGCUUCUCCUACUCCGGCUUCACUCCAACAUUGAGGUGAGCAGCCGUGCGUUGUGUCCUCCGAGUGAUAGCAGAGAUGCCUCCAAAGACCGUUACAAGCGCCUUGAUCAACAUGCUGGAGGACCUAACUGAAAUGCAGUUAAUGAAUUUCCGCUCCGCGAUCCUGGACCGCAGGGAAGAGCCGCGGGUCAGAAGGGUAUGUCUGGAAGGCAAAACUCGUCUAGAAAUCGCAGAUGUCCUGGUUUCAACUUAUACAGAGUCCGGAGUUAUAGACGUGGUGCUGGAGACGUUGAGGGAGAUUGGCUGCAACGCGCAAAGAGAGCGCUUCGCCAAGAACACAGGACCACUGACAUCUGUUUCCAAUCAUGGCGACAUCAUGAUUGUUGAAACUACUGGUGCCUCAGAGCAAACAGCUCAGCAGGACAAGCUGAAAUACUCAGGUAUAAGGGCAUCAUACGCCAUGGCAGAGACUGAUCUGUUAGAAAUGAACAACUACAAAUCCAUCAUCCAAAACGUGGCUCGUCAGAAAGGACUUGAUCCAGCGCUUAUUGCUGCCAUCAUCUCCAGAUCAUGCAGGGCUGGAAAGACACUGACAGCAGGCAGGGGGUGCUUUGACGAAGAGAGAAACAAAUAUAAUACUUAUGGGCUGAUGCAGAUUGAUAUUAAUCCAAAGGGAGGUGGACACAUUCCAAGGGGCCAAUGGGACAGUGAGGAACACCUUUGCCAAGGCACCGACAUCCUGAUUCAUUUCAUAUUACGCAUAAAGCAUGCAUUUCCUGACUGGAGCAAGGAGCAGCAGCUGAAAGGAGGGAUAGCAGCCUACAAUGCAGGGGAUGGGAACAUCCACUCCUAUGAAGAGGUGGAUGCCAAAACCUCAUGUGGAGACUACUCCAAUGAUGUUGUUGCCAGAGCUCAGUGGUACAAAAGCAAUGGUGGCUUUUAAAUCCUGAGGCUGUCCACAACCUCUUGAAAAUCAUGUAUGAAACCAUGUCUGUAAUAAAGGCAAUAAAGAAAAAAGCAUGAA